CAGGGCGCCGGGCCGCCGCGAGGGCCUUCGAGGGUGGCGACCACCCCUCGCUCGCCGAUGCUGGUGCCUGCGUGCUGGAGGAGUGGGCGAAGCAGCUGCGCCCCCAGGUCGUCUCCCUGGCGCAGCAGCUGCGCGCGGCGCCCGGCGGCCCGCUGCGCAGGGGCGCGGAGGAGGCCCUGAGCGUCCUCGGCUUCGCCGCAGUGCCCGUCAUGGUGGGUAAGGUUGUCGACUCGCGGGGCGCCAGCCACUCCGCGCGCAUGGCCGCCCUGCGCGCGCUCGCGACCUGCGCGGACGCCGCCGGCGCCCUGGCGCCGGACUUGGCGUGCUCGUUCCUGUCGGAGUGGAUCUACGAGCCCGAGCCCGCGGAGCUGCCAGCGCGCGCGCUCCGCGUCGAGGCGCUGCAGCGGCCCGAGGCGCACCUGGGCAGGAACAUGCAGUGGGCGCUCCUGCGCGGCCCCGCUGGCACGUGCUUCCUGGUCUUCCGGGGCUCGGAGACGGCGCUCGACUGGACGGAGAACAGCAACGUCUCGCUGCGCGAGGUUAGGGCGGGCCACAUGGGCUCGCUGCUGCUCCACAGUGGCUUCUGGUGCGCGGCGGAGGGCGAGGCCGAGCGGCUGACCAGCGCGCUGGCCGCCGCCGCGCGGCGCGCGCCGGUGCGGCGCCUGGUCCUCACCGGGGGCUCGAAGGCCGACGGAGAGCAGACAGGCACGAACAUGCACGUCCUCGCUCCCAGCGGACUGCCUGGACCGGCGCGCCGGGGAGGGGGGCCCGGCGCCGCAGCCAGAGCACCCGUGCGGCAGGCGGCGCGAGCCCGUGUUUUUUUCUGCCUCGGCCGUGCGGCACCGUGCAAUAUGUCGAGGACUCCCUCCCCCCUCCCCCCACCCCCUUGUGCGCGCCGCCAAUGUACAUGCGGCGGCACUUAAGUCGGG